AUGCACUCAGUCAGUCACACGUCCAUUGCUGUGUUGUUUUGUGAACAACGCCUCACCAACCACAUCGUCUCAAUACGUUGCAGAGACACCCGGUUCAGCACAAAGACACACAGUACAUACGGCAAGCAGUCCCCUGGCCAUGCGCGCGGGUUGGGGGGCAAAACACGUCUGCCGCUGGGCAAUGUAGCCAGCCAAUUAAACAUACCAAGCCCUACACGCCCCGGGCUGGACCUUAUUCCGUCACGUGAGAUUUUAUUCGAUGUGGGCGUACAGACGCACCCUAUGAGUAGUCAAAGGAAGACCUCGGAGACAGAUCAAUGGCAGUCGGUAGAGGUGGAGAGUGGCAGCGAGCAUGCGAGGCUUAACAGAGACAGAGGGGUCGCGGCACAAGAUAAGGCGUAUACACACACACACAGCACAUCUACGGCAUUUCAUAAUAGGGAAAGGCAUGCAGAUGCCCCAAGGCUGGGCAUCGGAGGUUGUGAGAAUGCACAUACCAAUGGACCUGUCAACGCGAAGAGUGUGCAUAACAACCACGAGCACCAUGGAGACGAUCCGUCUGAUGUCGACGGCCGUGCACACUACGACACACACACACAGCGAGUGAUCGCUGAGAUGGGUCGUAUGCUCAUCAACUCGGAGAAUCGGGAUGUGGAUUCGGGACACCGGUCCACAAACCCGAUUUAUAGGGCGACGUACGCGGACAAUAGGGUGUUGAAUGGGGGACAUAAAGAAAGAGACGCAGAAAGAGGGCACCCAGGCUUUUUAACUGGACAGUACACGCACCACACCUCUGCUCGAGAAAUAAACACCAGGCCACACUCACCACAGCACUACACGCAGGCCCCACAAGCUAACACACACCCCCAGCGACACCUACACAGUGCACAGACAGCCACACCACCCCAGGCAUCUCCUGCACACGUGCGCAAACAACCACGCACAGAGCAGUACACCAUCGCACGCAGUGAACCGUAUAGGCAACAACUACCGACACACACAGAUGCGCACGCGGCGGGUGAGAAGCCUGGUGAUGCAGUUACGAAGGACCUGCCCCUAGUCACAGAUACAGCCACAGACAAAGUCAUAGGCAUAGGUAUAGGCACGCACGGGCUGCUGAGGAGCCGAGCAAAUGGAUAG